AUGGCGCUUCUCUCGGACAAGUUCCGCAUGUACGCGAAGCUCCUCCGCUUCCUCCUUCCCAUGCUCAGCCACCGCUUCUUGCAAAAGGUGGGCGCAACCAUUCAUCGCCUUACCUACACGGCUGCGCCGGAUGCGAAGAACGUCGUUGUCGUCGGGGGAAGCUUCGCCGGCUUCUUUGUGGCUCAGCAGCUCGUGACGAGUCUGCCGACCGGGUACAGGGUCGUGCUCGUCGAGAGAAACGAGCACAUGCACUACGUCUUCAAUUUCCCUCGCUUCUCUGUCAUGAAGGGCAAGGAGCGGACCGCGUUCAUCCCCUACACGGGGCUGGAGAACAUGGCCACGCCCGGGGCGUACGAGAGAAAGCACGCGACGGCCGAAAGGCUCGAGAGGAACAAGCUUUUGCUGUCCGGCGGCGAGGAGAUCGAGUUCGCCUAUUGCGUCGUCGCCACCGGGGCGAAGCAGCCGUUUCCGGCGCGGCUCGACGUCACCGGCACAGACGCGGCGUGCGAACAGUUGAAAAGAGCGCAGAGCUCGAUAAAGAGGGCCGGCAAGAUCGCCGUGGUGGGUGCGGGAGCCGUUGGCGUGGAGAUGGGUAAGUGGCAUUCCUUGCAGGGGUCGAGCACAAAUGUCAAUGUCGUCGUCGUCGUUGUCAUCGUCGCCGACGAAGGAGAUUCGAGCUUGAUUCAGAUGAACGACGUCGGAAAAGAAGAGCCUACCGAUAUCAAGGCUUAUUACCCAGAGAAAACGGUGACCCUGGUGAGCUCGCGAGAUUGUUUGCUGCCGGGAUUCGGCGUCAAGCUGAGGGAACACGCGUCACAAGCGACUCGACGGCUUGGUAUCGAGGUGAUUCUGAAUGCUAGACCGGAGAUCUGCGAGCCGAGCCAAUACGGUGGCAUGCAGCAGCUCGUGUUCAAGGACGGAAGGACUGAGUGCUUUGACUUGGUAAUUCCUUGCACAGGACAGUCACCUAACGCAUCCAUUGUCUCGAACGUUUCCCCGCGUUCAAUCUCCAGCAAGACUGGCCGAAUCUUGGUCACACCAAGCCUUCAACUUGCAGAUCCCGAGAUGCCUCAUGUGUUUGCUUUAGGCGACGUUGCAGACAGCGGCGGGCCGAGAAUGGGGCGCGCAGCCUUCUGUCAGGCACGUGUCGUAGCUCAAAACAUCGUCGCCUCGAUCAAAGGCGGCGCGCUCAGGGCGUACAGGCCCGAGGUUGUCGUCGAAGGUCUUAUCAAACUCACCCUGGGAAAGACCGAGUACGUCGUAGACACGUGCGAUGCGGAUGGAAACGAGCUACUUUAUUCCGCAUCGGAUGGGAGUGAGGACCUGGACAUUGCCCGAGCAUGGGAAUUGUACGGUGUGCACUGCGACGCAGAGGCACUCGCAGAGAAACGACGGUCGUAA